GCUAAGGGGCGGGACAUCUUACUACAGCGUGUCAGCUGUCUGCAUGGCAGGCAACACAGAGCUAUGAGUGUGAAUGCUAAAGUAGUUAUAGUAGGAUGUGGGAUUUCAGGUAUAGCAGCUGCACACAAACUCGUUAACGCUGGAUUUCAGCACGUGCGGAUCCUUGAAGCGACUGCAAGAAGCGGAGGAAGAAUCAAAACCGGAACAUUUGGUGAUAAUAUUGUUGAGAUAGGAGCACACUGGAUCCAUGGAGCGACUGAGGAGAACCCAGUGUUUUGUCUGGCCCGUCAGUUUGGAUUGCUGGACCCAGAGGCCCUCACCCCAGAGAACCAGGGCGUGGACGUUGAAGUUAAUCCCCACUGGGCUUCCAACUUCUUCAGCAGUUCAGGUCGCAAGCUGAAUGCUGAGGAUAUCUUCCCUGCUGAGCAGCUGUUUUAUGAGCUGAUCUAUGAAAGUUCGAAAUGUGAGAGUCAGGGUGGAGAAACCUGGGCCUGUGUGGGAGAUUUCAUACGUUCAGAGGCUGAACAACAAGCAGCAAAGAAGUGGACAGAUAUUGAUGCAGCUACCAGAUGUCUGCGACUGUGUGUGAUCAGUAACAUGUUGAAGUUGGAGUGCUGUUUUAAUGGGGCUCACAGUAUGGAUGAAGUGAGCCUGGGGGCCUAUGGUCGAUACAAGACUCUACCUGGGCAGGACUGUACAUUCCCAGGUGGCUAUGAAGGUCUAGUCAAAAGCUUGAUGUCAGAGCUCCCCACUGAUUUAGUGACCUACAAUCGUCCUGUUCGCUGUGUCCACUGGAACAACACAGAGAAGAAAGAAAACUCAGUGAUGAUCGAGUGUGAUGAUGAGAAGAUAGAUGCUGAUCAUGUCAUUGUCACAGUACCUCUAGGAUAUCUUAAGAAGCACCAUUCAACCCUGUUUAGUCCUCAUCUCCCUCAACACAAGCUGCACUCUGUUGAGAGACUGGGUUUUGGAACUACCAAUGUAAUAUAUGUGGAGUUUGAUUCCCCGUGGUGGGAUGCUGAAUGUGAGAACAUAUAUCUCGUGUGGGAAGAUGAGGAUGGCAUGGUGGACCAGGUGCCAGAUGUACAGAGAUCCUGGAUUAAGAAGCUGUUUGGCUUCACUGUGCUAAAACCCACUGAAAGGUAUGGCCAUGUUCUGUGUGGCUGGAUCGCUGGCCAUGAGUCAGAGUAUAUGGAGACCCUGUCUGAACAAGAGGUCACCCACACCAUGACACAACUCAUCCGCAGAUUCAAAGGAAACCCGUCCAUCACCCCGAGGAGAGUCCUGCGCUCACAGUGGUUUCAUGACCCCUGGACAUGUGGAUCUUACAGUUACCCUGGAAUAGGUUGUUCAGCACAGGACCUGGAGAACAUGAUUGAGCCUCUGCCUACCAAUGGGUCACUUUUACAACCCCUGCAGGUGUUGUUUGCUGGAGAGGCUACUCAUCCCUGCUACUUCUCCACUGUCCACGGAGCUCUCCUCACUGGAUGGAGAGAAGCAGACAGACUCAUUUCACACUACUCCUCCAUCAGUACCUCUAAUGAUUUAAAAGGGGCUGUUUAUGUGUUGAAACAGGUGCGGGGACUGUAGCAGAAAGUUUAAACGUGGAGAAAAAAAGGUGUCAAUCUACAGCAAGUUAUAUGAUUUGUAUUAUAUUAAGUAUCAGUUUUUGUUGUUUUAAUACUUGUUUCAGCAACACAAACCUGAAGUAUGCAACUACCCAAUGAUUAUGCUUCAUUCUUCAGAAGACUUCCUGUUUACCUGUGACCUAAAAACACCUGACCAGUGUUAAUUUAUAGACAAAUACUACCCUCUUGAGGUAAAUUACACUUUUGUAAAAUAAUGAUUUGAAAACAAAUAAAUAAACAUGCUACAUUUCUCCUG